AUGGCAACCUCUAGAGCAGCUUAUGCCGCCGAGCAGGCCAUUGGCCAUGACGGUAGCUCGAUCAUCCAGCAAGAUGUCGCUAGCUACAAGGAGACCGGAGACCCGAGUGAGACCAUGAAGGCCCUUACAUGGCAGGGCAAGCAGAAAGUCAAGGUCAAGGAUAUGCCCAAGCCGCGCAUUCUUGAGCCCAAGGACGUGAUCCUCAAGGUCACGGGAAGUGCCGUCGUUCAGAUGAACACAGAUGAUAUUCUCGGUCACGAGUUCUGUGGUGUCGUUGAUGAAGUCGGCCCGGAAGUGAAGAAUAUCAAGGUCGGCAAGCGCUAUGUCGCCUCCUUCCAGAUUGCAUGCGGAGAGUGCUUCUUCUGCAAGCAAAAACUCUCUUCACAAUGUGAGAAGACGAACUCAAAUAGCACAGCCAAGGCCAUGUAUGGCACACAAACCGCCGCCAUGUUUGGUUAUUCGCAUUUCACCGGCGGCUUCGCUGGCGGUCAGGCUGAGUAUGUGCGUGUUCCCAUCGGUGAUGUCAACCUCCUCGAGAUACCCGACGAUGUCCCCGACGAGAAGGCGCUUUAUCUGUCAGAUGUCCUAGCCACCUCAUACAACUGCGUCAAGGACACCGCCGUCUAUCCGAACGAUCAGGUCGCCAUCUUUGGUGCAGGUCCCAUUGGCCAAAUGGCAGGCAUAUUUGCACUAAACGAGGGUGCCAGCAAAGUCAUCUUUAUCGACACAGAGCCACGUCUCAGCUUCAUAAAGAGCCGAUGGCCUUCAAAACAUGCUGAUAAGCUGGAAGUACUAGACUUCAAGAAGCUCAGUUUCGGUGUGACCAACAAGGACACCAUCGUUAGCAAGCUCAAGGAGCUCUGUGGCGGCCGUGGUCCUGACUGCGCGCUUGAGUGCGCUGCCGGCGAGUAUGCCAAGGGGUGGAUGCACUGGAUUGAGAUGCAGCUCGGCGCAGAGACUGACACAAGUGAAAUUCUCAACGAGAUGAUCCAGGGCGUGAGGAAUUACGGCCGAUGCGGUAUCACUGGUGUUUAUGUCGGAUAUACUAAUCACCUCGCAAUCGGUUCCCUCAUGCAGCGUGGAAUUCGUCUUAUUGGUAAUGGUCAAGCGCCAGUGCUUAAGUACUGGGAGUAUCUGCUAGAAGAGAUUCGCAAUGGCAAUUUGGAACCACUUCAGAUGGUCUCCCAUCGCGUUAGAUUGGAGGAUCUGGACACUGUUUACUACAAGUUCGAUGCGAAGGAGGAUGAUAUGCAGAAAGUCUUUGUUGAGACCAAAUUCUCUUUCCCAAGAGCAGAAGGGUCGCCAGAACUUACGAGAUACUAA